UUGUUUAAUAGUAAAGAUCAAUAAAAAAUAUUUAAAUUUAUUUGCACUAAAUAGCACAAAUUUGAUUUAUUUUGACACCAAAAAAAAAACAAAAAAACCGGGAGGAAAAUUUUAUAAAUUCACAUCAAAUUACCUUAUAUUGUAUAAAAAGUGAAAUAUUAUAAAGAAAAAAACUUUUAAGAAAUAAUGGCCUUAAAUUGGAAAUUAUGUAUUUUAAUAGCAUUAUUUAGCAGUCAACUAACACACUCAUUCAUCAUUUUGGAUCCCACCGGUUGUCAGCUAAGUGACAACGAACUCUCACCACCAAAUCCGAAAUGUUCUUGGAUUGAGAAGGCUCUCAAAAGUUUACCCAAAUAUCGUAAUUUUUUCGCCGGUCUGUUACAAGAAGCGAGCGGUGAGUUUGCCUAUGAGCUGCAGGAAAUUUUUAAUGCAAUUUGUGAAGCCAUGGUGGAAAAUGAUCGCAGAAAGCAGCGUGAACAAUUGACGAUAGCCAAAUGGUUGAUGGAUAAUAAUAAGAAAUUAAAUGAGUACUUAUUAAAGAAGGGAAUUUGGAAGAUAUAAGAUAUUGUAAUAAGAUUAUUGAAAACUUAUGUUAGUUUUUUAUUAUAUCUUUUCUUCUUAAUAUAAAAAAAAACAAAUAGUUUAAAUGAAUAAGUUUAGUUUUAAAAUAUGAAUAAUUUUUUGGGGCACCAUUUAAAAAAACAGUAGUAUUAUUGUAAUGUUUUCUUUAUCAUAAUAAUAAAAUAUAUUUUAUAUAAAAAAAGGA